CGACCAACUAGCGUGAUCUCACUACCAUGAAGACAGCUCUGGGCUUCCUCGUCGCUUCGGUCGCGUUUGCGUCCGCCGCCGACUGCACCAACGCGGACUUUGCGGGUUUGUUGCCGCUGGCCAAGGACCCGACCUCGUCCUUCGCGCUCUGCGCCGCCGAGCUCAAGAUCCAGCCGGCGCAAAUGGCCGUGCCCGGCUUCAUGCCGUCGACGCCCGAGAUGGUCGAGACCUUCUCCAAGUCGGCCAACUGCAAGGCCUUCUAUGUCGCCUCCGGCGAGUUCAUGAAGGGGAUCACGCCGCCGUGCUCGCUCACGGUCGCGGGUCUUCCGCUCGACACGAUGAAGUUUUCGCUCAUUACGUUCGACAUGGCCGUCGCGACGAUGAAGAGCGUGGUCACUGCGGGACCUGCGACCGCGACGACGGAUGCCCCUGCGGCUUCCAGCAAUGCUACGGAGGCGCCUGCUGCCGCGACGGAGGCGCCGAAGCCGACGUCGGCCGCUCCCACGCCCAAGCCGACGCCCAAGCCCAAGGACUGCCGGUCGGACGAGUUCGCGGGUAUGAUCGCGUACGCGUCGCAAGAGAAGGGCUCGUACGCUCUCUGCGCCAAGGACAUCAACGAAGACUACCUCAAGAUGGCGGUCACGGGCUGGGCCCCGAGCACGAAGGAGAUGGUUGACGCCUUCUCCAAGUCGCACAACUGCCGCGAGUUCUACACGACAUCGAUGGGCAUGAUGCUUAUGGUGACGCCGCCUUGCAUCGUGCACCAGCUCGGCCUCGCGCUGCCCACGACCGUUCUUGGCAUGAUCCCGUUCGACACGGCCGUCCUCUCGAUGCGCGCCGCGCUUCUGAAGCCGCACACCACGACGGCGGCGCCGGCGUCCAGCGCCUCGGCAGUCGCCGUCUCUGCCGUCGCCCUACUCGCGACGGCGCUCCUCGUUCUUGUUUAAAUAACGCGUAAUUCAGUGUUUUGUGGUCUCGUCCACGGACCUUCUACCUGUACCGACGACUUAACAAGCGCAAACAUAUGAUUUGAGCA